AUGCCUGGACUACAGCUGCUAGCCAUCAGGGUCUGGAUAUCAACUUUCACCGCUCUCUUCGUGCAGAAUGUUUGCACUAAAUCGGAGUUUAAAUUGGAGGGGGACUACAUUUUAGGGGGCGUAUUCCCUGUACAUUAUAUAUCACAACCAGAUCCCGAACAUUUCAUGCCAGAAGUGCCACAGUGUCAAAGGUACGAUGUUUCUGCGCAGGGUUAUCAGCAGCUCCAGAUGAUGCGCUUUGCUGUUGAGGACGUCAACAAUCAGAGUUGGCUGCUUCCCAACAUUACCUUGGGCUACAAUAUCUUCGACAGUUGCCAUAUCUUUGUAGACAUCAUAUCUGUGCUGAACUUCUUGGCCAUGAACACAUCGCAUUUCAUAAAUGUCUCUCACAGGAUAGAGGACUACAAGCCCCAGGUCCUUGCUGUGAUUGGACCCUACACUAGCACAGAGGCCUUUGCAAUGGCACCCCUGCUGUCAUCCAGUUUUAUUCCCAUGGUAAGCCAUGGGGCAUCCAGCAUCCGACUGAGUGAUAAAAAGCAAUUUCCAUCCUUUCUGCGGAUGAUUCCAAGUGACCAAUACCAGGCCCGCGGCAUUACUCUGCUCUUGCACAAAUUCAAAUGGAAAUGGAUUGCUCUGAUAGGAAGUAAUGAUGACUACAGUCAAGAUGGUUUGGAAGCCAUACAAAAAGAAACAGCAGCCUUCAACAUUUGUGUGGCCUAUCAGGAAACCAUCCCACGGAAGACCACAGAAAUACAUGAGCUGUUCCGCAACAUCACAAUGCUCAAGGUCAGUGUGGUUGUGGUCUUUGCUAGUGAAGACUUUGCAGUACCUUUUAUAAAGGAAGCCAUUGCUAAAAAUAUCCGUGAUAAAGUCUGGAUUGCGAGUGAGGCUUGGUCCAUGAAUCCCCUUCUACUGGCUGAACCUGGUAUCAGCUCCAUUGGGACUAUCCUGGGUAUGGCUAAUAAGGUAAUUUCUCUGCCUGGCUUCUCAGACUUUGUCCAAAGAUUGAACACUGGUAUGAAGGAGCAGCAGCCAGACCCAACAACACAUCCAUCUUUAGCAGAUGAAUAUUGCAAUCAGGAUUGCCUGAAUUGUUGCAGGACUAUGGCCAGUGCCAUCCUCCAGGAAAAUCCCACUUACAGCUCCUACAUCUACUUGGCUGUAUAUGCAGUGGCUCAUGCCCUGCAUGCUGUGCUGGGGUGCAAUGCCACACACUGUGAGAGGAUUGUGCCGGUUAUGCCAUACGAGCUCUUACAGGAACUAAAGAAAGUACACUUCUCAGUGAACGACUACAAAUUGGAAUUUGACAGCAAAGGAGACCCUCCUCCUCUCUACGACAUUAUAAAUUGGGAUUUCAGAUCCCAGCCCUUCAAGUUUACCAUCGUUGGCUCUUAUAGCUCUGACCCUAAGCCUGUCUUUCUCAUCCAUGACCACCUCAUCCAGUGGCAUGAUAAUGGAACGAUUCCUACUUCAGUCUGCUCUAGUGAGUGCCAAUCUGGUUAUCGGAGAUUACUCAAGGGCAUCCAUGACUGCUGCUUCAACUGUGAGCUCUGCCCGAAAGGAACUUACAUUAAUAUAACAGCUGACCCACAACGCUGCCAACAGUGUGGGCCAGAGGAGUGGUCAGAGAAAGGAAGCACAAGCUGCUUGAGGAGAACCCUGGAGUUUCUGGACUAUAGCGAGAAUGUUUCCAUUGGACUACUUUUUCUCACUGCUGUCAUAUUUGCCUGUUUGUUAGCAGUGAUUGCCAUCUUUGCUGCCCACCAUAAUACUCCUGUUGUCAAGUCAGCUGGAGGCCCGUUGUGCUACUUUAUGCUGGUCUGUAUGGCCACGUGUUGUUUUAGCAUCGUCAGCUUUUUUGGAAAACCCAACCAGGUCAAAUGCAUCAUGCGAAAUCUGGUGUUCUCCAUUCUAUACACUUCAUGCAUUGCUUGUCUCACUGUACGCUCCUUUCAGAUCAUCUGUGUCUUUAAGAUGGCAGCCAAGCUGCCAAGGGUUUACUCUUUUUGGGUGAAGAGCAAGAGCCAGUGUUUUUUUGUGAUGACUUGUGUCUGCAUUCAAAUAUCUUUGUGCACUUUGUGGGUGGGGAUUGAAGGCCCAUCUCCUUACAACAACACAGUGUCCUUCAAAAACCAGAUUAUCUUCAGUUGUCACAUGGGGAACAUAUCCAUUUUCACAGCUGUCCUCAUAUUCAUUGGCUUUCUUGGGAGCCUCUGCUUCGUCUUUUCCUACAUGGGGAUUGGUCUUCCAAAAAACUACAAUGAGGCCAAGUGUAUCACCUUCAGCUUGCUGAUUUCAUUCUUCUCCUGGAUUUCCUACUUCACGGCCUACAUGAUCUACUAUGAAAAGUACAUCUCUGCUUUCAAUGUCCUCUCAGUGCUAGUCAGCCUGUUGGGAAUUUUGAUUGGCUAUUUCAUUCCAAAAUGUUACAUAAUUCUUAUCAAGCCUGAGCACAAUACAACAGCCCAUUUCCAGAGUUGCAUUCAGACAUACACCAUGAAGUCUACUGUGACAUCGACAUCAUGA